UAACGGUCGCGGGAAGCCGCGGAGCCCGAACCUGAGACUGGACCUGAGGAGACCUCAGCUUCGGUGCUCAGGCCGCCCCUCCAAAGCCGGACAGUCCGCGCCGCUGUCGCCGCCACCGCCACCGCCCGCAGCCCGAGUGCCCGGUAGCCGCGGCUACCCGCCGCGAAGAAACGCCGCGACUGGGCUCGCCCAGCUGCACGUGGCGGACCCGCCCCCUGUCCCGCAGUGUCCUGGACCCCGCGGGCCUCCGCUCUCCAGUCCUCGGCCCCGGCCCCAGGGCCACGAUGAGCUUCCUGAGCCGGCAGCAGCCGCCGCCGCCCCGCCGCGCCGGGGCCGCCUGCACCUUGCGGCAGAAGCUGAUCUUCUCGCCCUGCAGCGACUUUGAGGAAGAAGAGGAAGAGGAGGAGGAGGAGGGCAGCGGCCACAGCACCGGGGAGGACUCGGCCUUUCAGGAGCCCGACUCGCCGCUGCCGCCUGCGCGGAGCCCCAUGGAGCCUGGGCCCGAGCGCCGCCGCUCGCCCGGACCGGCCCCAGGGAGCCCCUGCGAGCUGGAGGAGGACCUGCUGCUGCCCGGCGCCUGCCGCGGCGCGGACGAGGCGGGCGGCGGGGCGGAGGGCGACUCGUGGGAGGAGGAGGGUUUCGGCUCCUCGUCGCCGGUCAAGUCGCCGGCGGCCCCCUACUUCCUGGGCAGCUCGUUCUCGCCUGUGCUCUGCGGCGGCCCGGGGGAUGCGUCGCCGCGGAGCUGCGGGGCGCGCCACGGCCCCUGCUCGCCGCGGCCCGACCACCCGGGCACCCCGCCGCACAAGACCUUCCGCAAGCUGCGGCUCUUCGACACCCCGCACACGCCCAAGGGGCCGAUCGGCCCGUCCAGGUGGCCGAGGAUUUGCCGCCUCUUGAGUCCCGGCCGCCCGGAGCAUGUCAUUCCCGAAUGCGGCACCAAAAACGCGGUUUGCGAGGAUGAUGGAGGGUGCUGGCCCGGCCACCUGACACUCCCGAACCAUAUGAGAAUUACAAUUACUGAAAGCAAUAUGAAGUCCCGGUAUACAACAGAAUUUCAUGAGCUAGAGAAAAUUGGCUCUGGAGAAUUUGGUUCUGUAUUUAAGUGUGUGAAGAGGCUGGAUGGAUGCAUUUAUGCCAUUAAGCGAUCAAAAAAGCCACUGGCUGGCUCUGUUGAUGAGCAGAACGCUUUGAGAGAAGUAUAUGCUCAUGCAGUUCUUGGACAGCAUUCUCAUGUAGUUCGAUACUUCUCUGCAUGGGCAGAAGAUGAUCAUAUGCUUAUACAGAAUGAAUAUUGUAAUGGUGGAAGUUUAGCUGAUGCUAUAAGUGAAAACUACAGAAUCAUGAGUUACUUUAAAGAAGCAGAGUUGAAGGAUCUCCUUUUGCAAGUUGGCCGGGGUUUGAAGUAUAUUCAUUCAAUGUCUUUGGUUCACAUGGAUAUAAAACCUAGUAAUAUUUUCAUAUCUCGAACCUCGAUCCCAAAUGCUGCCUCUGAAGAAGGAGAUGAAGAUGACUGGGCAUCCAACAAAGUUAUAUUUAAAAUAGGUGACCUUGGGCAUGUAACAAGGAUCUCCAGUCCACAAGUUGAAGAGGGUGAUAGUCGUUUUCUUGCAAAUGAAGUUUUACAGGAGAAUUAUACCCAUCUACCAAAAGCAGAUAUUUUUGCGCUUGCCCUCACAGUGGUAUGUGCUGCUGGUGCUGAACCUCUUCCCAGAAAUGGAGAUCAAUGGCAUGAAAUCAGACAGGGUAGAUUACCUCGGAUACCACAAGUGCUUUCCCAAGAAUUUACAGAGUUGCUGAAAGUUAUGAUUCAUCCAGAUCCAGAGAGAAGACCUUCAGCAAUGGCACUGGUAAAACAUUCAGUGUUGCUAUCCGCUUCUAGAAAGAGUGCAGAACAGUUACGCAUAGAAUUGAAUGCCGAAAAGUUCAAAAAUUCACUUUUACAAAAAGAACUCAAGAAAGCACAGAUGGCAAAAGCUGCAGCUGAGGAAAGAGCGCUCUUCACUGACCGGAUGGCCACUAGGUCCACCACCCAGAGUAAUAGAACAUCUCGACUUAUUGGAAAGAAAAUGAACCGCUCUGUCAGCCUUACUAUAUACUGAGCUACUCAUUUCCCACCUCCCCCUAUAAACUGUGACGAGAGGAAGCUAGGUUGGAAUCACUGAUAGAAUUCAGUUUGCAAUUACUUUUCUCAACUGGUGUCAGUAGUUUUACUGAUUAGGACUUUUAUUGUGAAUUACAGUUGAAAGCUGUAUUUUGACCAUUGCUGUGUCAGGCUUUCAUCUAAUCUUACCAGUCUGUCUUCUGUAGGAUGUGUCACUGUUGGAUGUUAUACCAGCCUUUCCAGGGUUAACCACUGUGGUGGUGUGCUGCUUAAAGUUUGCUGUUGCAUUGUAAUAAAAGGGGUCUUUCCCUGUAGUGACCUGUAAAAAGUACUCAAGGGCUUUAUUACAGACAUACUCUCCCUUUGAAAAGGGACAUGCUAAAAGACUCAUUACUACUCAGCCUUCAGUGUACCUGUGUGUCCCUCUUAUAUUUCUUUUUUUUUAAAAUUGUGAAUUAUACUUGUAUAUCCCACUGGGAGCACUUUGUAGGCAUUGCAUGAACCAUGGGAUGAUAAUUCUGUGGAAGUAUUGCCUUGUGAAUUUGCUGCUAUUUUAGUUUUGUCUUUGCUGUAAACUUGUAGCAUUAAACAAUCAUUGUUGUGAAUAGGUUUUCUUUUCGAAACAAUUAUGUGAAAUGUAUAGCUGGUUUUGAUGAAAAGCAGCUAUUUGCCUUUUUUUUUUUUCCAUUGAACUUUGAAGCUAGUGCAUUGGAAAAAUGCACCCUUACCCCCCUUUGGAAUGCUGUAUUAAUGUAGUAUAAUAAUAAUUACUGGUUUUGUAACUUUUUCUGGUAAUGUCCUUCCCUGACUCUUUUAAAAUGUCUUCCCCCAAGUUUUGUACUUGAUUGUAUUGUUAGUCUGUUUUUAAAUGUUUUGCCUGGUUUCUCUUCAAUUAUUUGUGUAUAUAAACUGAUCUUGAUGAUACUGUACAUAGCUGUUUGAAAUGCCAGAAUGACUUCUGACAUUCCAAGUUUUUCACAAAAUAUAUUUUAUCUGUGAUUAGCCAUUUGACUAAUAAUACUGGCUAACAGAUGUUGAAAAAAAAUUGUCUAUUGUUUGUCUCAUUAAUUUUGGUCUAAAACAUGUUUGCACUUGUCUUUGACUUGUGUUUUAUUAACAUGGAUUGGCAUAUUAAAAGUCACUCUGAGCUUACCUUAAUUGUCUAAA